AUGACUGGUACAUCCUUCCGCUGGGCUUCUGCCAGUCUCCUCACCUUCCUGAUGGGGUGGGGAGGGAGCUUCCCUCUUGUCCAUGGCAUCCGGGGCAUGCGCUGGGGGUUCGAUGAGGAGCCCACGAAGCCAACCCGGGCCCCACCUGAAGCACACGUGGCCUGCGGAACCCUGAAAGGCAGCUGGGAGAAGGACUUGGCAGCCUUCCGUGGCAUCCCCUACGGAGAGGCCCCUGUGGGAAAUCGCCGGUGGAAGCCAGCAGAGCCGGCGACCUGUUGGAGUUCGGACACCGCGCUCGACGUCUCCAAAAAUGGCCCGAUUUGUUUCCAGGGCAAGGGAGGCCCAAGCAGGUUCCACGCUUUUGAGAAGUUUCUUGGCCUUGCUGGCGAUGAGGUCGAGAGCGAGGAUUGCUUGAACCUCAACGUUUUCGCCCCUGACGGGGCCAGGGACUUGCCUGUCUUCGUGUGGAUCUAUGGUGGUUCGAGUGUGGAGGGUCAUGUGGGAUGGGAUUUCUAUGGACCACUCGAGAACAUCGUGCACCGUCAUCCCUGCAUCGUUGUGGCCAUGAACUACCGCCUUGGUGUUCUUGGCUACCUGGCACUCAAGGAACUCUCGGCCGUGGACCCCCGAAAAGGCAGCGGCAACGCGGGAAUUGCGGAUCAGCAGCUGGCGUUGCGAUGGGUUCAGGAGAACAUCCAUGCUUUCGGCGGUGAUCCCAAGCGCGUGACUUUGAUUGGACAAAGCUCUGGCGGCACGAGCAUCUUGGGCCAUCUUGCAUCCCACAGCUCGCGCGGUCUGUUCCAUGGCGCGAUCUCGCUCUCAGCAUCGCCCAACAUCACCAUGGACCGGGCCACGAAAGAGGCACAGGACCUUGCGUUGAUCAUUCCGAGAACCCCUUGUGCCUCUGUGAGUUCGUCGGAGUUGCUUGAGUGCCUCUACACGGCGGACGCCGCCGCGCUCGAUGCCGCUUUGCCGACAUCCUAUUCGGAACCAUCCUCCGACGCCCCCAACGGGGAGUGGGUCUUCGACUACCCCACGAACAGGGAGGGCCUCAAGAGCCGAAUGAACGCACUGCUCUUCGUUGACGGAGCCACCAUCACCAUGCCCGUUCUUGAAGCACUGAGAACAGGCCUGAACGACGUUCCCCUGCUUCUGCAAAGCACCCAGGCCGAGCUGGACAGCCCAAGCAAAACGGUGCUUUGGGACGUUCAGUCGCAUGCCGAUUUGGCCGAGUUUCUCCACGAGAAGUUCGACAGAGUCUACGGGAGAGAGGUGGCUGAAAGGAUCCGGAGGUUCUACGAUCACUACGAUCCACCUCAGUAUGGGCUCUUUGCUCUGGAUUCGGACACCGGGCUCGCCUGUGCCCUGAGGCGUUUUGCGAUGGCAGCCCGCUCGGGAUUCCGCCAGCCAGUCUACUGGACCACAGUAACCAGCAAGCCGAGCAGUACUGUGGCUUUCAUGUGGGAACUGCCAUUUCACAACUGGGACUUCAUGGCGGCUGUUGGCAACUGGGACACCUUCGGGUACACUCCGUCAGAGGGUGACGUGGCUUUCGGUGAGCGCAUCCUUGACGAUUGGUUUCAGCUCCUUACCCGGGGAAACCUCACCUCAGAUCGCGGCUACGUUCCCGUCCAGGCUUCACCUUCUGAGAACGUCAUCGGCAGUAUUGUCGGCGACGCCGAGACUCGUGCACAGCCGGAUCACAAGCACGAAGUCUGUACAUUCUGGGAAUCGAUUGGCGUGGACCAGCGAUGGUGGUGGAUCAACUGA